GAGCCGGCGCGCCGCUCCUCGGGCGAGUCCGCCCUCGGCUCCGUCGCUCCGUCGUUCAUCGCAAGCGCGUUCGCGAGCGUCCCUCGCCGGGCUUUCGUCCCGUCCGUUGCAGGUGAAGGGUUUCCCCGUGCGUCCCGAGAGCGGCAGACGGUGACGAGGGAGCCGGCCAUUACGCGACAUCGCGCCGGAUCGAGCUUGCGGUUGCUACGUGCGCGUCGAGCUUUCGCGGCUGCGAGUUUUCCUGGGUGCGCGAUUUCCCGGCAGGUUUAGUGCCGCUCGGGGGUGCUCGUUGUUGCGAUCGAUCGAUCGCAGAUAAUUAGACUCUCGCCACCAUGGGUAAGGAGAAGAUCCACAUAAACAUCGUGGUGAUCGGCCACGUAGACUCGGGUAAAUCCACGACCACCGGCCACCUGAUCUACAAAUGUGGUGGCAUCGACAAGCGGACGAUCGAGAAGUUCGAGAAAGAGGCGCAGGAGAUGGGCAAGGGCUCGUUCAAGUACGCCUGGGUGCUGGACAAGCUUAAAGCGGAGCGCGAGCGCGGCAUCACCAUCGACAUUGCCCUGUGGAAGUUCGAGACAGCCAAGUACUACGUCACCAUCAUCGACGCGCCCGGACAUCGCGACUUUAUCAAGAACAUGAUCACCGGGACCAGUCAGGCGGACUGCGCGGUGCUGAUCGUCGCGGCUGGUAUCGGCGAGUUCGAGGCGGGUAUCUCGAAGAACGGACAGACCCGCGAGCACGCCCUGCUCGCCUUCACGUUGGGGGUGAAACAGCUGAUCGUUGGCGUCAACAAGAUGGACAUGACUGAUCCGCCAUACUCGGAGACCCGCUUUGAGGAGAUCAAGAAGGAAGUGUCGUCGUACAUUAAGAAGAUCGGUUACAAUACCGCCUCGGUCGCCUUCGUGCCGAUUUCCGGCUGGCACGGCGACAACAUGCUCGAACCGUCCCCGAAGACACCCUGGUACAAGGGCUGGAAGGUGGAGCGCAAGGACGGCAACGCCGACGGCAAGACGCUCAUUGAGGCUCUAGACGCCAUCCUGCCGCCAUCCAGGCCCACCGACAAGGCCCUGCGACUACCGCUUCAGGAUGUCUACAAGAUCGGCGGUAUCGGAACCGUACCUGUCGGUCGUGUGGAGACUGGCAUCCUGAAGCCUGGUAUGCUGGUGACCUUCGCGCCGGCGGCUCUCACCACUGAGGUGAAAUCGGUCGAGAUGCACCAUGAAGCGCUGACGGAAGCCCUGCCGGGUGACAAUGUCGGCUUCAACGUGAAGAACAUCUCCGUGAAGGAGCUGAGGCGCGGCUACGUGGCGGGUGACUCCAAGAACCAGCCGCCUCGCGGCGCCGCCGACUUCACUGCCCAGGUGAUCGUGUUGAAUCAUCCGGGACAGAUCAGCAACGGCUACACGCCGGUGCUCGACUGCCACACUGCUCAUAUUGCCUGCAAAUUCGCCGAGAUUAAGGAGAAGUGUGACCGCCGUACGGGCAAGACCACCGAGGAGAAUCCAAAGAGCAUCAAGAGCGGCGACGCCGCCAUCGUGAUGCUGCAGCCGACCAAGCCGAUGUGCGUCGAGGCCUUCCAGGAGUUCCCACCUCUGGGCCGCUUCGCGGUCCGCGAUAUGCGUCAAACCGUCGCCGUGGGUGUUAUUAAGAGCGUCACCUUCAAAGACACCCAGGGCAAGGUAACAAAGGCCGCGGAGAAAGCACAGAAGAAAAAGUAACCAUCAAGCUUCCUCGGAAGCUCGCAGUCCGCCGGCUGGUAUUCUGCGACAGCAGGCGUUACCGCCCAGCAGGGACCCACCGUCAGGACGCAGCACGCCGCCGCGGCGGCUGCUCCACUCGACUCAUACUCGUCGACUAAUACCAAAAAUCAUAAGAUGUUGUGCUUACCCCCGUUACAUUACCCGGUAGUGUUGAACCCGCGCAUCUAUCCAAACCUGCACAUUCAGUUCACCCACGCCCCGCGCACGCCUCACAUAUGCUAGGAGGAGCCGUUGCCCCGCGUCUUAUCGCGUUCAAAUCAAUUAUUACUCAAUAUUGACGAUAUGUGUCCGAUAUUACCAGGUACUCAGUUCCCUUGGACUCUUGGUGUAGUUAGGUUUUUCAAUUGAUACAACACCGAGCAUCACAUCACCAACAGCAGCAGCAACUACAACAACAAACAACAACGGAGUGUCGCGAAGACAGCCAUCUUCACGCCGGGAUCUUCUCGCCCGUGAGGGAGAGAAGAAGCGUGGCAGCGGCUGCAUCGUCUCUCCUCCUACCGGAUGCCGUCGCAGGGACGCGGCGGAUCUGUUACUCCGUCGCGAGCCACACGAUGUGAUCGGUGACGAUCGAGGCGAGCGCCGCUGGCACGUCUCCUGACGCAGAUCUCUCUCGAUCGAUUCUUUUCGAAGGGUUCGUUAAGGCUGAUUUGUUCCGAGACUUGGUUGCCUCGUUGUGCGAUUAGUUUUAUUAUAUAAUACUUAUAAGAUACUUAUCGUAGUUAGGGAUCAUUAGAGAGACUAUGCUCCCUUGCCCCCUACCCCUUCCUAGUCGUUGCCGGCGGAUGCCUGCCCCCUCGAAGAAAACGGUGCGAUCGUCUUCUUGGAGAGGGUGAGACAUCCGUCGCACGAGUCGCCUACGUUAAUCUCGGCGCUCUCCCAUCCGCUGACCAUAGACGCGUUCUAUGAUAUUGUUUUGACCCUUAGCCAGUAUUACGUUGAUGUAAUAAAAAUCUUUAAUUGCA